AUGUCCUUCACGCACGGCGACUACACGGUCGCAUGGAUUUGCGCCUUGCCGUUGGAACUGGCAGCAGCAAAGGCCAUGCUGGACGACGUUCACCCUCCGCUUCCCCAGCCAGAAUCCGACCACAAUGUCUACACACUCGGGAGAGUUGGCAGCCACAAUGUAGUAGUGGCCUGUCUGCCUGGCGGUGUCUAUGGAGCAAUAUCCGCUACAGGGGUAGUGUCACAUAUGGUCUCUACCUUUCCAACUCUCCGGUUCGGGUUCGGAUUGAUGGUGGGCAUUGGGGGCGGAGUCCCGAGCCCAAGAAAUGAUAUUCGCCUUGGUGAUGUUGUGGUCAGCAGGCCAACUACCAAUUCAAGUGGUGUUAUUCAAUUUGACUACGGCAAGACACUGCGCGGCGGACGAUUCCAGCACACCGGGUCGCUUAGUAAACCUCCACCAGUGUUGUUGAAGGCCGUGUCUCAAUUAGAGAGUGGUUGUAUGACCGGGGAAAGACCGACCUUCGAAAUUCUGAAUGCUACACUGCACAAAAAUGAAAAGAUAAGGGAAGAGUUUUUGCGACCGAAGGUCGACUGGCUAUUCCCACCAACCUACGACCAUAAGGAUAGCGAACAUAACUGUUCGGCAUGUGAUCAGACACAGUUAAUGGACCGUUCUGAGCGGGGAACUGAUCAACCUUAUGUUCAUUAUGGCUUGAUCGCUUCCGGAGAUCAGGUCAUGAAAGAUGCCAAGACUCGCGAUUCCAUUGCUCGGGAUCUAGACAUACACUGUUUUGAAAUGAAGGCUGCUGGGCUCAUGGACGAACUCCCAUCACUAGUCAUUCGCGGCAUUUGUGACUACUGUGAUUCGCACAAAAAUAAACAGUGGCAAGGAUAUGCUGCGCUUGCGGCUGCUUCGUACGCUAAGGCACUUCUUUUGGAUGGUCCCUUCCGGAGGAACCCACGGUUCGCAGGUCGGGAAGACGAAAUCACCAGAAUUGAAGGAUUGUUUAUGCAACUGAACGGACCUAGCAAGGUUGCUAUCUGCGGACUAGGCGGUGUUGGAAAGACGCAGAUCGCACUUGAACUGGCUUACCGCAUAAGAAAUCGAGACCCUAAAUGCUCGAUUUGCUGGAUUACAUGUACCAGCUAUGAGAGCGUGGAACAAGCCUAUAUGACCAUCGCCUCGAAGCUAAAAAUGACUGAUAUGAAGCCGGCAGAAGUGAAAGAAAGGGUUAAAGCUCAUCUUAGCCAGGAGAGUGCCGGGAAGUGGCUUGUUAUCUUUGAUAAUGCAGAUGACAUAGGAAUGUGGAGCACAGACAACACUACUGAUAUAGUAUUAACAGACUUUCUUCCUGAAAGUGAGCAGGGCCAUAUUCUCUUCACCACGCGCAGCCGUAAGGUAGCUGUGAAACUAGCGUCUUCCCAUGUGAUUACAGUCACUGAGCCGAACACAGAAAUUUCUAUCCAAAUUUUAAAGAACUCACUGGUUGAGAAGACAUUGCUUAAUGAUCGUAUUACAGCUCUGAGUCUUCUUGAGCAGCUGGCUUGUCUCCCUCUGGCGAUCACCCAGGCGGCAGCAUAUAUCAAUGAAAACAGCAUUGGCCUCUCUGACUAUCUUCAGCUUCUGCGGGACCAGGAGCCACAUGUGAUUGAACUGCUGAGUGAAGAAUUUGGGGAUGAGAUGCGCUACAAAGACAUCCAGAACCCUGUUGCUCUGACUUGGAUGAGAAAGAACCAACAGUUCAGCCGGCAAAUAUUGAAAUCUGCCGACCGACUGAGCGAAGUUUUCCCAGAUGAUGAUCAUGCAAAUCGGCAGGUGUGGCGGGAAUAUCUGCCGCAUGCUCUUUCACUAAUAGCAGAAGCUGAAUUUCGGAAGGAGCAAGAGAAAUACAUUGAUUUGAUUCGAAAUGUUUGUAGUUGUCUUUCUAGUGACGGACGAUGGAAGGAAGCGGAAGAGCUGCAAGUGCAAGUGUUAGAGCUGCGCAAGCGAGUGCUAGGACCCGAGCACCCUGAUACUCUUAGCAGCGGACGAUGGAAAGAAGCGGAGGAGCUGCAAGUGCAAGUGUUAGAGCUGUGCAAGCGAGUGCUAGGACCCGAGCACCCUGAGACUCUUACCAGCAUGAACAAUCUGGCCUUGACCUACUCGAAACAAGGACGAUGGGAGGAAGCGGAAGAGCUGGAAGUACAAGUAUUAGAGCUACGCAAGCGAGUGCUAGGACCCGAGCAUCCUGACACUCUUACCGGUAUGAGCAACCUGGCCUUUACAUGGAAAGGCCGGAGAAAGGUUAAGGAAUCCCUUGCUCUGAUAAAACAGUGUGCAGAGCUCCGCCGCAACCUACUGGGUCCAGAUCACCCAGAUACCAUAUCCUCUUCUGGUACUCUCAGUGACUGGGAGACCGCGGUAGAUUCCCUAAUAUGGUAUAGUCGAGAAAGCAUACUUGCCUUUUCAUUCCUUGCCUUUCCUUGUCUCUACUUAUUUUCGAGAUUCCUUUUUGAUAGGAGGGUUUGGGAUGGCUGA